UUCUUCUUUAAAAUGUUAAACAAUAGUGAAAAAGUUGAUAUGAUUUUAAUUUAUGGUGAGUGUAAUAAACAUUGUCGGGAGGCUGCAAGGGUUUAUGCAAAUCGAUAUCCCGAAAGAUAUCAUCCACCGCAUAAUUUUUUUUUAAGAUUAGUUAAUAAUUUACGAACUUACGGGACUUUUUCGAUAAGAGAUGCACAGAGACAACCACUACGCAAUAUGGAACAAAAUGAUGAUCAGGAAAAUGAAAUAAUUGCGUACAUUCAAUUAAAUCCUCACUCAUCUUUAAGACAUGUUGCUAGAGAAUUUGGCUUUUCAAAAACAAAGGAUGGAGCACCCGCUCAUAAUGCCAUUAUUGUAAGACAACAGUUAAAUGAAAUUUUUGGAAAUCGAUGGAUGGGAACUCACGGGCCAGUGAAAUGGCCCCCACGGUCACCUGAUCUAACACCAUUAGAUUUUUUUUUAUGGGGUCAUUUAAAGACUGUUGUUUAUGCAGAUCCACCAGCAAACUUACAGGAUUUAAAAAAUAAAAUAACGGUAGCGUGCAGACAAUUAACAAAAGAACAAAUUUUGGCAGCAACCUUUAGAGAAGUGAGUCGUCGAUUGGAAAUGUGUUUAGAAAAAAACGGAGGAAAUUUUGAACAUUUUAUUAGAUAAAAAAAAUAAACAUAAGUCAAAACAAUGUAACGGAGUAUUUUUUAUUUAAUUUCCUACUUCACAUUCUUUA